ACUACUAACGACAAGAAGAAGCGAAGCAUCUCCGUAGAAGAAGAAUCUUCGCCUCAAAUAUGGAUCCCAACAGCGGCCAAGGCAAGAUGAACAACGAUGGAGACAUCACUUCUGUUAUGGGAUUCUCUGGCUUUGGAAAGAAGGCCCGCACAUUUGACCUGGAUGCCAUUUUUGAACAGACCCGGCGAACGGCCAUUGAGAGGAGUCGCCAAGUGCUAGAUGACAGAGAGAAGGAAAUGGAGGCGCAAGGGGAAAGCUCAAUGUCAGUCCACACACAGAAAGACGCAGAGAAGGCAGCAGCCACCUCCAGAAAAGAGGACACGGACAGCAGCAGUUCAGACUCUGAACCUGUUGGCCCUCCACCACCUGGAAAAGACUCAAAGGAGGAGGAGGAGGAAGACGAGGAGGAGGAUUUGGUGGGACCCCCUGUUCCUCCUGGUUACGAAGGCGGUGACGCUCAAAGCGACAGUGACGACGAAGAUGAGGAGCAAAAUGAAGAGGACGAUGAUGACAAUCCCGUCAAGAAGAUUCCUGAUACUCAUGAGAUAACUCUGCUGCACGGCACCAAGGCGGUGUCCGCGAUGGCCCUGGACCCGUCGGGCGCCCGUCUAGUGACGGGCGGCUACGACUUUGACGUGCGCUUCUGGGAUUUUGCCGGCAUGGACCGAGCUUUGCAGGCCUUCCGCUCCCUGCAGCCAUGCGAUUGUCAUCAGAUCCGAGCAUUGCAGUACAGCAUCACCGGUGAUCGCAUCCUGGUGGUGUCGGGAAACGCACAAGCCAAAGUGUUGGACCGCGACGGCUUUAACGUGAUGGAGUGCAUCAAGGGAGACCAGUACAUUGUCGAUAUGGUCAACACCAAGGGCCACACGGCGAUGCUCAAUGACGGCAGCUGGCAUCCCAAAAUAAAAGAGGAGUUCAUGACGUGCUCCAAUGACGGCACCGUGCGAACGUGGGACGUAACAUCGGAGAAGAAGCACAAGGCUGUGUUCAAGCCUCGCUCAGUCCAAGGGAAGAAGGUCACUCCCACGUGCUGCACCUACAGCCGUGACGGAAAGCUCUUAGCGGCCGGCUGCCAGGACGGAACCAUCCAGAUAUGGGACAGAAACCUCAGUGUGCACACCAAGUUCCACUGCCGGCAAGCCCACACUCCGGGAUCCGACAUCUCCCGCCUUUCCUUUUCCUACGACGGCACCGUUCUUGCCUCACGUGGAGGCGAUGACACACUGAAGAUUUGGGAUAUCCGCAACUUCAAGAAGCCAUUAAACAUGGCCAACGGACUGACUAACUACUUCGCCAUGACCGACUGCUGUUUUAGCCCAGAUGACCAGCUCGUCGUAACUGGGACCUCAGUGAAGCGAGACGAAGGCAACGGGAAGCUGGUCUUCUUUGACCGAGCCACCUUUCAGCGGGUCUACGAGAUAGAAGUCUCGAAUGCGAGUGUUGUGCGUUGCCUGUGGCAUCCCAAGCUCAACCAGAUCAUGGUGGGGACCGGAAAUGGGCUGGUCAAGGUCUACUAUGAUCCCAUUAAGAGCCACAGGGGAGCUAAGCUGUGCGUGGUGAAGAGCAAGACCAAACAGAAGCAUGCCGAGGCGUUAGCCCAGGAGUACGUUAUCACACCUCACGCCUUGCCCAUGUUCAGAGAAGCCCGGCAGAGGAGCACUCGCAAGCAGCUGGAGAAGGACCGACUGGAUCCCAAGAAGUCCCACAAACCCGAGCCCCCCGUGUCCGGACCAGGCCGAGGCGGCAGAGUGGCAGCUCACGGCGGCACCCUGUCGUCCUUCAUCGUGAAGAAUAUCGCCUUGGAUAAGACCGAUGACAGCAACGCUCGCGAGGCCAUCUUGCGUCAUGCCAAGGAAGCGUCAGAGAACCCGUACUGGGUGGCCCCGGCCUACAAGAAGACGCAGCCCAAUCCUGUGUUUGCUGAGGACUCCGAGGAGGACGAGGAGGCCGACAAGGAACCAGAAUGGAAGAAGCGUAAAAUCUGAAGCCUUGGAAAUCCGAACUUCUUAUAUUAAGAGGCUAAGCGGACUCGUGGUUGCUUGCAUAAAACAGACGCUCAGGCCCAGAACGCUGUUUGGGGGAUGUACUUGUCUGACUUUGUCAGUGCAAUCGGUGUCAGUAAACUACACGUUUGUGGUUCCCAUCUCCAAACACCCACCAUUCACUAUGUUAUCCUUCAUCCUUGAUAUUUUUAAUAAACAGACAGGACAGAAAUGUCAUCAAAUCAUUUGAAA